UCUGCAAUCAUAUUUAUACCCUGCCCGUACCCGGCUUUGCCGAUCUACAUGUUGUCUACCUAUAAAGCCAUUUGCCUAUAGCGUGUCGCUUGACUUCUCGCCCUUGUAUCACCUUGGCAGCACGAACGGAUCGGCAUUUGGCUCUCCCCCGCAAUAUGCCUGUCUCUUCCAACUACCCAACAGUCGAUAUUCCUAGCGUCGACCUGUGGUCAUUCCUGUUCGAGCGCAAGGACAGACCAUUCCCUGACGAUAAAAUCCUUUACCAGGAUGCCGACACCAAGCGCCACUACACCUACCAGUCCCUAAAGGAUGCCUCUCUUGAGUUUGGAAAGGGCUUGAAGGCCACCUAUGACUGGCGCAAGGGCGAUGUCUUGGCCCUUUUCACCCCCAACAGCAUCGAUACCCCGGUGCUCAUGUGGGGUACUCUCUGGGCGGGCGGCAUUAUCUCCCCGGCUAACCCGGCCUACACGGUGGAUGAGCUCGCCUUCCAACUGAAGAACUCUGGCGCAAAGGCGCUCGCAACUCAGGCUUCGGUCUUAUCAGUGGCAACAGCAGCUGCCAAGAAGGUUGACAUCCCGGAAGAUCACAUCAUUCUGCUGGGCGACGAGCGGGACCGAGAUGCUCGGUACAAGCACUUCACUUCCGUUCGAAACAUCUCCCGUGCCACCCGAUAUCGUCGCCAAAAGAUUACACCCGAAACGGAUCUGGCUUUCCUGGUCUACUCGUCUGGUACUACCGGUGUGCCUAAGGGUGUCAUGCUGUCGCAUAGGAAUAUUGUCGCCAAUGUUCUGCAGCAAGUAAUAGGCGAGGGUGGGAACUUGAGUUGGAAUGGAGGCCCUGAUGGAAAAGGAGACCGUGUCCUGGCAUUCUUACCUUUCUAUCACAUUUACGGAUUGACCUGCUUGCUCACCCAAGCCUUAUACAAGGGCUACCACCUUAUCGUCAUGGCCAAGUUCGAUAUUGAAAAGUGGUGCGCACACGUACAGAAUUAUCGCGUGACAUUCAGUUAUAUCGUGCCCCCGGUGGUGCUUCUAUUAGGCAAGCACCCCGUGGUCGACAAGUAUGACCUCUCCAGUCUGCGGAUGAUGAAUUCUGGUGCGGCCCCGCUCACCCAGGAGCUGGUGGAGAACGUGUACGCUCGCAUCAAGGUUGGAAUCAAGCAGGGCUAUGGCCUGAGCGAGACAAGUCCCACCACGCACUCCCAGCGGUGGGAGGAUUGGCGCGACUACAUUGGUUCCGUUGGUCGCUUGAUGCCCAACAUGGAAGCUAAGUACAUGACUAUGCCCGAGGAUGGUUCGGAGCCUCGUGAAGUAGCCACUGGUGAGGUCGGCGAGCUUUCCGUGCGUGGACCGAAUGUGUUCUUGGGAUACCACCAAAAUCCCGCUGCUACUCGGGAGUGCUUGUCGGAGGAUGGCUGGUUCCGUACUGGCGAUGUUGGCUACCAAGAUGCCAAGGGUAACUUCUAUAUUACGGAUCGCGUCAAGGAGCUUAUCAAGUACAAGGGGUUCCAGGUGCCACCCGCCGAGCUGGAGGGCCUUCUGGUGGAUAAUCAAGCUAUCGAUGAUGUCGCCGUGAUUGGCAUUGAGAGUGAAGCUCACGGUUCCGAAGUGCCUCUGGCUUGUGUUGUUCGAAGCGCAAAGAGCAAGGCCUCUGGUGCUACUGAGGCAGAGGAAGCUGCCAACAUUGUGAAAUGGCUUGACAGCAAGGUUGCCCACCAUAAGCGUCUGCGUGGUGGUGUACGGUUCGUUGAUUCGAUUCCCAAGAACCCCAGUGGGAAGAUCCUGCGUCGCAUGUUGAAGCAGCAGUUCAAGGAUGUGGGCAAGAGUCCGAAGGCGAAACUGUAGAUAUACUUGUUGAGAUAUACCAUAUACAAAUCGCGAAUUCAUAGACUGCAUCUUGCAUGGCUUCAUACGUAGAGUAAAUAACAAUAUAUUCCCGGAAAAGAUUUGCCAAACUUUUGGAUCAUUCUUGCGCAUCUAAAUCAAGGGAAGAACCUCUUCACCAUGCCCUCAACAUCCUCCCCUUCCACAGCAUCAAUCUUCUCCUUGGCAACCCUCUCCACCGCCUCUUCAACCUUCUCCUCCCCAUUAACAAGAUCAAUCCACCCCUCCGUAUCAGCCCUUGCCAACAACAGAUCCGCCACAAUAGCAACAUCCUCCCUCGUCACAUUCCCCUUCCCCUUCGGUGUAACACCAAGCUCCACCUUCCUGGUCGCAGGCUCAUCAGUCAAAAACCCGGGACGCAAAUUAAUAGCCUGGAAAGGACGCGUCGCCGCAGGGUCCUUCUUGCGCAUGUAUGCCAGCGCGGUCAUGUACUCGUCUGCCUCUUGUUUGGCUUUGGCGUAGGUGGGCAGGACUUCGGUGUUUGUGCGAACAAUGCCGGCCCAUUGAUCAUCCGGCAUCCAGUGGGGUUUAUUCUUGCGACUGCCAAGGUAGGAGACCAUGAGGAAUUUAGAUACGCUGGUUGACGCGAAGGAGGCGGUCAUGAAGUGUUUGGCGGCCUCUUGGUCGAUGGCGAUAGUGUUCGCAGGGCCGCCUUUGC